AUGUCGGACGAGGAGCAUCACUUCGAGUCGAAGGCCGAUGCCGGCGCCUCCAAGACUUUCCCUCAGCAGGCUGGUACCAUCCGUAAGAAUGGUUACAUUGUUAUCAAAGGACGCCCUUGCAAGGUUGUUGAAGUUUCAACCUCCAAGACUGGAAAGCACGGUCAUGCUAAAUGUCACUUCGUUGCGAUUGACAUCUUCACUGCAAAGAAGCUUGAGGAUAUCGUCCCCUCUUCCCACAAUUGUGAUGUUCCUCAUGUUAAUCGCACUGACUAUCAGCUUAUAGACAUCUCCGAGGAUGGAUUUGUGAGCUUGCUAACUGAAAAUGGGAGCACUAAGGAUGAUUUGAGGCUUCCAACUGAUGAAAAUCUGUUGAAGCAGAUUAAGGAUGGAUUUGCUGAGGGGAAGGACCUCGUUGUGAGUGUUAUGUCUGCAAUGGGAGAGGAGCAGAUUUGUGCCCUUAAGGAUAUUGGCACCAAGUAG